AUGCCGGUGGACGAGGAGUCCGGGCCCGCGGCGCCCCUGCCGCGCCUGGCGCGCGCGCCGACCUCGCCCACCGGGGCGGCCGCCCGCGCGGCGGCCCUGCAGCGGUCCCUGACAUCCGGCGUGGAGCGCCUGGCCAGCGGCUUCGGCGACACGCCGUCCUCCACGGAGGGCGAGCGGGAGGUGGCGGCGGCGCGGUGCAGCGUGGCCGAAGAGAUGUUCUCAUCCAUCGGCAGAACGCUGAAAAUGGCCCUCAGUUUCGCUGGCCCAUCGCAUGCCGAAGCAAUGGGCUGUGAAGAGGCUCCAGAGCCCAGCGCCGCCGACCACGUCUUCGACAACUCCAACUGCGACGCUCGUCUGAGCGGCCUCCCGGCCGAGCACUGCGUGUCCAGGUCCGGGUCGAUCGUGCUCGAGGACGCCGCCACUGCCGUGAAGGGGGCCGUGAGAAUGGCCUUCGAAACGUUUGGCGAGGUGGACGUGGACACAGUACUCAAGAGCACGUCGCCGGCUGACCCAAACGAGGGCGAAGGCGAAGAGGCAGUUCCACUGUCCCGCGGCACUGGAGCUUCCCUUGACGGCGGCUAUUGCUAUCGUGAGUCGGAGGUCGAGGAGGUGUGA